CUCACAAAGAGACAAGAGUCAGGUGUCUAUGGGUACUUACCUAUGACCCUAGCACUUUGAUAUCAGAUAAACAAAGUUUGGGUUUCUUUUUGGCUGGUUGCUUGUUUGUUUUGUGGCUGGGUUUCACUAAGUAGUUCUGCCUGGCCUGAACCUGAUUUAUGUAGACUAAACUGACCUGGAAUUCAGAAAUCUGCCUCCUAAGUGCUGGGAUUAAAGGCAUUUGUUGCUACGUGCGGAGUUUUGAGUAGGUUUACAAUUUGGCAGGGAAAAUAACCUAAUAAUAAAAAUGGGUAAUUGAUAGAUAUAUUUAAUAUUACUGAUGAAAGAUCUCUCUCAGAGACGCACACUUGGAAAAGUUAGGCAUUUGAAAUGUAUUAAAGUGUAGAGGUGCAGGGAAGAACGCAGGGCUUGGUUUGCUGUGUCACCCUUAGUGGGGCCCUGCCCCUCUCAGGCCCCUUUGGUGUGUCGUGUCGUUAGACUUUGAGAUAUCUCAAAGUCUUUGAGAAUCAGCUUGAGGACGGGAAACUGGGAGGGAAGGGGGCCUGGGAGGCUGGGACUCUGAGCUCCGGCUCUCCCUUGGCCUCCAGCCAGCUCUACCACCCCCUCCCCCCGGGAGGCCUCCCUGUCCCCCCGGCGGCGUCUCUAGCUCGGGAAAUGAGCUAUAGCUAAGCCCCGGAGAGGCCGGAGAGCCCUAGGCAUACAACCCGGCGGAGAAGCCUGGAGAAGGCCCCGCGGGAAGGGCCAAAUGGACUGGGACCAAGACAGGUCGAACACCGAGCUGCGGAAGGAGAAGUCGCGGGAUGCGGCCCGCAGCCGGCGCAGCCAGGAGACGGAGGUGCUGUACCAGCUGGCGCACACUCUGCCCUUUGCGCGCGGCGUGAGCGCGCACUUGGACAAGGCCUCCAUCAUGCGCCUCACGAUCAGCUACCUGCGCAUGCACCGCCUGUGCACUGCAGGAGAGUGGAACCAGGUGGGGAACGGGGGAGAGCCACUGGACGCCUGCUACCUGAAGGCCCUGGAGGGCUUCGUCAUGGUGCUCACCGCCGAGGGAGACAUGGCGUACCUGUCGGAAAAUGUCAGCAAGCACCUGGGCCUCAGUCAGCUGGAGCUCAUUGGACACAGUAUCUUUGAUUUUAUCCAUCCCUGUGACCAAGAGGAACUCCAGGAUGCCCUGGCCCCCAGACCAAGCCUGUCGAAGAAGAAGCUGGAAGCCCCAACAGAGCGCCGCCUUUCCCUGCGAAUGAAGAGCACACUCACCAGCAGAGGGCGCACGCUCAACCUCAAAGCGGCGACCUGGAAGGUGCUGCACUGCUCAGGACAUAUGAGGGCCUACAAGCCCCCCGCCCAGACUUCCCCUGCCGGGAGCCCUCGCUCCGAGCCUCCCCUGCAAUGCCUGGUGCUUAUCUGUGAAGCCAUCCCCCACCCAGCCAGUCUGGAGCCCCCGCUGGGCCGAGGGGCCUUUCUCAGUCGCCACAGCCUGGACAUGAAGUUCACAUACUGCGACGAGAGGAUUGCAGAAGUCGCUGGCUACAGCCCUGACGACCUGAUCGGCUGUUCUGCCUAUGAAUACAUCCACGCUCUGGACUCUGAUGCAGUCAGCAGGAGCAUCCACACUUUGCUGAACAAGGGCCAGGCAGUAACGGGACAGUAUCGGUUCCUGGCCAGGACUGGAGGAUAUCUGUGGACUCAGACUCAGGCUACUGUGGUGUCAGGGGGGCGGGGCCCCCAGUCAGAAAGUAUCAUCUGCGUCCACUUCCUGAUCAGCCGUGUGGAAGAGACCGGAGUGGUGCUGUCCCUGGAACAAACGGAACAACAUUCUCGCAGACCCCCUCAGCUGGGUGCCUCCUCGCUGAAGGGUAUCACUGGCAACAGCCUAGACGCUCCUGCUCCGCAGAUCUUGGCCUUCUUGCACCCUCCGGCCCUGAGCGAGGCCUCCCUGGCUGCCGACCCUCGCCGUUUCUGUAGCCCAGACCUGCGCCGCCUCAUGGCGCCUAUCCUGGAUGGACCUCCUACAGCCGCCACCCCCAGCACCCCACAAGCGGCACGGAGACCCCAGAGUCCUCUUCCGGCUGAUCUCCCAGAUCAGUUGACGGUGGGCUUGGAGAAUGCACACAGACUCUCCACUUCCCGGAAAAACAAGACUGUGGAGACAGAUCUAGAUACAGCUCAGGACCCUGACACGCUGGACUUGGAGAUGCUGGCUCCCUACAUCUCCAUGGAUGAUGACUUCCAGCUCAACUCCAGCGAACAAUUGCCCAAAGUCCACCGCAGACCUCCCGGGGUGGCCCGCAGGCCCCGAGCUCGGAGCUUCCAUGGCCUGUCGCCCCCCAUCCCCGAGCCUUCCCUGCUGCCCCGCUGGGGGAGUGAUCCACGACUGAACUGUUCCAGCCCUUCCAGGGGGGACCCCCCCACAACCUCCCUGACGCCGGGAACUCGGAAGAGGGCCUUGGCGCAGAGCUCAGAGGACAAAGGGUUGGAGCUACUGGAGACAAAGCCCCCCAAGCGCUCCCCAAAACUAGAACCGGGAAGCUUCCUGCUGCCCCCGCUCAGCCUGAGUUUCCUUCUGCAAGGUCGACAACUCCCAGGCCCAGGGGACCAGCGCAAUCCAAGAGCCCCACUCCUGGACUUGCGGGAGCCCUUGGGCCUAGCUCCCUCGCUGCUCUCUCUCUACCAGCGUGAGGAAACUCCCCAGCCCAGGAAGCACUUCCCACCAGCAGCAGGCUCGGCCCAGACCCGCUGAGUCAGCCUUCCUCUCAGCCUUCUUCUACCCCAGAAAGGACUCAGCCACACUCCACACCAGCAGCCUACACCCGGGACGGGGCCUCUCUCCUGAGGGUGCCCCCCAGCCAGCCACAGUCCUACCUCAGCCCCCAAACCACCUUCUGCCUUCCCCCAGUUGGAGGCUUCUUGGGUGUUCUCAGCUCAGUGACCUCUGGGAGGGGUGUGUGACCCCCCCCCCACCUCCUCUCAGGACUUCCUUAGGGUUCUCCAUACCUCACUGCCCCUUUCUCUGACUCUGUGCUCUAUUUGGGAGAAUGAGGGGUUGGGAGAAUCGGGGAUCCAUCUCUGAUCCUGGACCCGUGGAGCUUAGACAAGUGUAAUCACGUUUUGGUUUUUGGUUUUUGGUUUCCCCUGUUCCUCUUCUGUCAGGUUUACCUUGCCCUUUUCACGAUAGGGCAUCCAGUCACUCUGCAUUGCACAGAACCCCAGCGACUGCAGGACUCUGGUCUUCCCCCUCUUCAGUGGCAAAUGUGGGAGACUCUGGGUCAGAUCUCAGCCUCUGAGCCACCACAUGGCUCUGCUUGCCCUGGUCCUGACGCCAUGCUGGCCCCCGACCCAGCCUGAACAAUGACUUCAUCUGUGCUCUUCCUGUGUUAGGGGGAGCUAGCGACUCCUUCCACUCCACAGACCCAUAAUCUCUGGCCUUCCCUGAACCUAGGCUAUACCACUUGCUCUCUUCCUUGCCUCUAGACCAUGCAGCUCCUGGUCUUUGUUGGUUCUAGAUUGUAUGCCCUUGGGCCUUCUCCAGUUCUAGAUAGAGGCCUCUGGGUUCUCUGAUUCUAGACUUGCUACUUCCUAGUUCUAAAACAUACAAUCCAUGGCGUCUCCCUGGCUCUCUGACUCCAUACUUCUCAUCUUUUUCUGUUUCUAGAGUGUGAAGUCUUUGAGUUUCAUUGGCUCUAGACUAGACCACCAGUGGUCUCCUCUAGUUUGAGGCUCAUGACCUCUGGCCUUCCUUUGUUCUAGACACUGUGGCCUCUGGCCUCCAUGGUUCUAAACUGUGUUGUUCCUGCCUUCUUUGGACUGUUCAACAUUUGACGUUCUCUGGUUCCAUUCUGUAUAUUCGCUAGUCUUUUACCUGACUCUAGACUGCAUGCCUUAUGACCUGGCUAUGGUUCUAGAUCAUGCCACUUUUCUAGCCUUUUCUCUGAUUCUAGACCAUAGGCCCUCUGGUCUUCUGUGGUUCUAGGUCAGUGGUUCUCAAGUUUCCUAAAGCUGCAACACCUUAAUACAGUUCCUCAUGUUGUAGUGACCCCCAACUAUAAAAUUAUUGCAUUGCUACUUCAUAACUGUAAUUUUGCCUGUUAUGAAUCAUAAUGUAAAUAUCUCAUAUGCAGGAUAUCUUAUAUCUGAUCCCCAAAGUGAUCAUAGCCCACAUAUUGAGAACUGCUAUUCUAGACUGUACAGCCUAUAAGCUUCUUUGAUUCUAGGUUAUGCUGCCUCUGGUCUUCAUUGGUUCCAAACUAUAUGACCACUAGCCUUCUCUGGCAUUUCCUGGUUCUAGACUGUGCUAUCAGAGUCUAGACUGACUCUGAUAGCACAGUCUAGACUCUAGAUUGACUCUAGAUUGACUCCCUCCCCCCCCCCCGUUCUAGACCACAUCAUUUACAACAGAGUCUGCUGCAGACCUCAAUUUCUUCAAACCCCUCUCCUUCCACAUCUCAUAGUCCUUAGUUCUUCCUUGGGCUGGAUCUCACAACUCCCAAUCCUGCCUUUUUAAAGUGGGGCUUGAAUUACCUAAUCCGUAAGGCUCUCUGGAUCUAAAGCCUAUAACCACCAAGAGUCCUCUGGCUUCAAGACUUAUUCUGCAAUUUCCUCUGGUUCUAGGCCUCUUAAAAAUCCCCUGGUUCUCAUGCCCUCUGCUCCCUGCCGUUGCAGACCAUUGGUGUGUGCAGGAGCGGGGAUUAAACCUUGCACAUGCUAGGCCAGCAUCUGCCACUGAGCUGUCCCCAUCCUUUCUUACGUCUUAUUUCCAGACAGGAUCUUUAUGGAUUGCACAGACUAACCUUGAACUCAAGUCUGUACACCUAGGCAGGCCUUAAACUCAUGAUCCUCCUGCCUCGGUCUCCCAAGUAGGUGAGAUUCACAGGUCUUUAGACUGAGCCCAGCUAAUCUUAUAACUGAUGGUUUCCUCCUCUUUCUGGAUCCCCCACUCCAAGCUUCUUCUUAGUUCCAGUCUUCCUGAUCUGUAAGAUAUUUGGUUUCAAAUCCAGAUCUCAUUUCUAGAUCAUUUUGGUUCCAAACCUCAUGAUGUCGGGUUUAUUGUUCUUCCAGUCUCUGCUCUCAAGAAUUCAAGAAUUGCUUUCCCCCAGUAAGAAGGGGUAAAAUGAGUUUUAUGUCUUGAACUUGGAUCUGGCCCUUCUGGAGCCACAUUCCAUGUGCCCAUUCUCUUGGGUUCCAGAUUUCAUUACCUUCAAUCAUUACCAAUGUUGUAGAUUAUGCAAACUCUAGACCUCAUGACUUCCAGAAUCCUCUGUUCUCAGACAACCUGGUGAUCUGCUUACUACUGAAUGUCAAAUAUCAAGGUGGGCAGUGGUGGUGCAUGUCUUCAAUCCUAGCACUUGGGAGGCAGAAGCAGGCAAAUCUCUAAGUUUGAGGCCAAUUUAUCUAUAGAGCAAGUUCCAGGACACCAGGGCUACACAGAGAAACCCUGUCUCAAAAUUAGCAAAACAAACCGGGCGUUGGUGGCGCACGCCUGUAAUC